CCGCUACGCACCUGUACAUCCCAGCGUGCCUUGCGGCAGCCCCCACAAAAAGACUGUGUCUCCCGGCACGCUCCGCACUUCAGGCUCCGCUGCGCUCAGGCUCAUGGGAUUUGUAGUCCGGAGGGUCUGAGAGGAAGAACCACAUUUCCCAGGGUGCCCCGCGGCGCUCGCCCCCUGGCGGCCGUUAGGACCGUUGCAGAAGAGAGGGAAGGUGCUUGCUGCCAGAGCAUCCUUGAGAGGAGGCGGCUGAGGAGGCAGCAGUUUUUGGCCUAACCCGCAAGGAAUAACUGUUAUGGUGAGAAUGGGAUGCUUUGAGGCACUGAAUUUCAAUAACUUAAAAUACUGACUCCUCUGGAAAGAAAAUGAAGAGUGCUGCCAGACCUUGGAGUGCAAUGGCAAAGCAAGGGAACCAUGGAAUUGAUCGAGGAAAAUCUCUCCCCACCGCUUCCUCAGGCAUGAAGACCUCCAAAUCCUCUACUUCACUUGCUUUUGAAUCUCGGCUCAGCAAGCUAAAAAGAGCUAGCAGUGAUGACAUGUUAACAAAGCCAGGGGUGACAGCAGCCUCUGGUGUCUCCAGGCUGAAGAAGACCAUUACAACAGGAGCGAUUUCUGAGCUUGCUGAGAAUCGACUGAAGUCCAGCACAGGAAUUGUUUCAUCAGCGAAGCGCACAGGAAUUCCGGCUCCUCGGGAAAUUUCAUCAACUGUCUCCAGAGAGAGAGCUGUGUUGCGUGGUCCAGCCAACACCAGGAAAACUCAGCCCAGCCCAACUUCUUCUGGCACGCCCACCCCUACCAAGCACCUGCGUCCUUCUGCCAAGUCCAAGCAAGAGAAUGAAACUGGGGACAAGGCAGUUCUGGAGUCCCAGGUUAAGGAACUCUUGGCAGAAGCAAAGACAAAAGACACUGAAAUCACCAAGCUCCGGAGUGAGCUGAAGAAAUGCAAAGACAAAGGGUCAGUUAACUCUGAAGGGAUUGGUGCUUCAGAUCAAAAUUUAGAAACGUUACCAUUAUCACCUGGUGACAUAGACCCAUUAAUACAGACUCUUCAGGAAAAGAACAGGACUUUUCAAAAAGAGCUUACUAGCCUGGUGGAAGAAAACCGGGUUUUGAAGGAGAAACUGAUUUAUCUAGAGCACUCCCCUCUCUCGGACACAACAACGAGCAGCGGGGGUGACAGCAGCUUCACAACCCCAGUUACUCAAGAAUCAAGUUUUGGAAGCCCAACAAAAAAUCUAUUGAGAGGUGAACCAGAUGAGCCCAGACAGCGUGUGAAUGGAGAAGCAGUGCGAAAGUCAGGUUCUUCUAGCAGUGAUGUGACUAAAGCCUCCUUGUCACCCGAUGCAUCCGAUUUUGAACAUAUAGCAGAUGUACCUUCUAGGCCAACCUCCUCAAACAGCAACCCCUUCAAGGGUUCCAGAUGCUCCACCACAGGGAGUUCUCCGAACAACAUUAGUGACCUUUCUGUGGCCUCCCUGACGGAGAAGAUACAAAAAAUGGAAGAAAACCACCACAGCACAGCAGAAGAGCUUCAAGCCACUUUGCAGGAGCUGUCAGACCAGCAGCAAAUGGUGCAGGAGCUGACAGCAGAAAACGAGAAGCUAGUGGAAGAGAAAGCUCUGCUGGAGACCUCCUUUCAUCAGCACAAAGAGAGAGCAGAACAGCUUAGUCAAGAAAAAGAAAAGCUGAUGACUCUCCUACAAGAGCGAUCCAAGAAUGAAGAAACCAAAAUUCUGGAGGGGAAAAUCCUUGAACUGGAGCAGAAAUGCACAGAAUUGCUUGAGAAAGCACAGUUUGAAAGAGAAAAGCUGCUCAACAUCCAGCAACAAUUAUCCAGCAGCCUACGGAGCUUAGAAAGGGAGCACCAAGAUGCUCAAGAGGUGAUCAAGGGCCUGAGAGAGGAAAAUGAGAAGUUGGGUGGGCUUUUAGAAAUGGAACGACAGAACAGCAGCAUGGUGGCAAAGACUCUAGAGGACUGUAAAGUUGCCUUAGAAGGCCUGAAGAUUGAAAAUGGAUCUCUCAAAACUCAGUUAGACAGUGAGAAACAAAAAGCUGCAGAGAUCAAUGCAAUGGGAUGUACUACUGACAACUCUGAGGUGCAAGAGAUGUUGAAAGUGGCUCAUGCAGAGAAGGAUCAGUUAGAACUAGCUUGUACAGAGCUCAAACAAGAGCUGCUGAAGGCAAACAGCGAAGUAAAACAUGUCCAGGGUCUACUGGCCAAGGUGGAGAAGGAAUGUGGUCAGCUGAAGGAGCUGUAUGACCGACAGGCUGAACAGUUGAGCAGAACCAGCCUGAAGCUGCAGGAGAAAACUUCUGAGAAUGAGUCUGAGAUCAAAAACCUGAAGGAGACCAUCUUUGAGCUGGAGGACCAGGUGGAGCAGCAACGUGCUAUCAAACUGCACAACAACCAGCUCAUCAGUGACCUGGAGAGUAACGUGAUGAAUCUAGAAGAGCACAAGCUGGAUCUGGAGAGGCAGCUGAAGGGUCUGACUAAGCAGAUAAAGGAAGAUGCAGAGGAGUGGAGGCGUUUUCAAGCUGACCUACAGACUGCAGUGGUGGUAGCCAAUGAUAUCAAGUGUGAGGCUCAGCAGGAGCUGCGGGUGGUGAAGAGGAAGCUCCAGGAGGAAGAGGAGAAAAGUGCCAAGCUGCAGAAGGAGCUGGAGGAACUGCAGGGCAGCAGCAGGCUGACAACUGAGGAGGUGAAUUCUGUAGAAGCAGAUACCACCAACCGCUGGCAAGGAGUCUGUGUCAGCAGGGCAUCACCGACUCCCUCAGAGUCUGCAGCUACUGUCAAGUCACUCAUCAAGUCAUUUGACUUGGGAUGCUCAGGGAGCACUGGGCAGAGUAUCACAGUUCACAAGGUCCCCAGGAGCCCUCUGAGUGGAAUUCCAGUGAGGACAGCCCCAGCAGCCGCUGUUUCCCCCAUGCAGAGGCAUACUGCUUACAGUAAUGCAAAGCUGCUCAGCAAAGGAGUCGACAAACACACAGACCUUCCAGAUCUCCCCCUUGCAGACCUUCUAAAAGGGAGAAGUGAGGACCUGAAACCAGACCAUUACCUCCGCAAGAGCCCUUCCCUGGAGUCUCUGAGCAAACCCCCCUCAAUGGCCUUCAGCAGCAGGAUGCUGACCUCCAGCCCAAGCAGCCUGAAACCCCCCAGCAAACUCAGUGUGGAGAGAAAGGACCCAUUAGCAGCCCUGGCCCGAGAGUAUGGCGGCUCCAAGAGGAAUGCACUGCUGAAGUGGUGUCAGAAAAAGACUGAAGGUUACCCGAACAUAGACAUUACCAACUUCAGCAGCAGCUGGAGCGAUGGGCUGGCCUUCUGCGCGCUUCUCCACACCUACCUGCCUGCACACAUUCCAUACCAGGAGCUCAAUGGCCAGGAUAAAAAAAGAAAUUUGCUUUUGGCUUUUCAAGCUGCCGAAAGUGUGGGCAUCAAACCCAGUCUGACUGCAUCCCUUUCCGUUGCCAUUCACCCUUCCCCAUUCCCCACGGUACUGGAAAGGCCCCUAAGAUGUUGCCUGAAUACCAAGUUCUCGCAGCUGAAAGGGCGAAAACCACAUUACACAAUUGUCUCGUUUCAAGUGUCCGGUGUGCCCAGGAACUCAGUGAGAUGAUGUACACAGACCGGCCAGACUGGCAGAGCGUGAUGCAGUACGUGGCCCAGAUUUACAAGUACUUUGAGACCUGAGCCCCAGAGCAGAAGGUGGGCAGAAGUGGGGAACAGACUGAAGAAUGCCACAGAAGCACUUGAUCACUUUAAAAAUAGCCUCUUUUCUAUUCCAUGAGCCAGCCGAGGCUCCUAGGUUGCAAGGAAAGCUCUUCCACGAUUCUGAUCGCAUCUCAGUAACCUUGGACUGCAACCAAAUAAAAAUCCAUUGUCCACCUUUACAAACCAAA